AUUUUUCUCUUAAUAUUAUGAUAUGGAAGGCAAUGAAAAACGAUAUUUUGCAAGAUGAUGAUUUGCAAUGAUAUUUAGUAUAGUAAUUCUUUUUGCUGUAUGUGGCGCUGUGUCUGCAAGUCAUUUAUAUAGUAUUAUAGGAGAAUCGUAUCAUGCACCACAGCCCUAUAAAUUUGGAUAUGAAGUAAAAGACAAAGACAGUACGCAGCAUCGACAUGAAGAAGGUGACGGCCAUGGGAACGUCAGAGGCACUUAUGGUUAUACAGAUGAUAAAGGCCAAUACAGAGAAGUGCAUUACGUCGCUGACAAGAACGGAUUCCGAGCUCAAGUGAAAACAAAUGAAGCAGGCACAGCAAACCAAAAUCCUGCAGAUGUAGAAGUCAAAGCUGAUCCUCAGCAUCAUCAUCAUUUUGGCCACCAUGGAUCACAUCAUCAUAUUCCUCAGGUGUUUCAACAUAAUGUUCACAUACCUGAACUCCAUGAAGUCCAUCACCAUGUACCCGUUCAUCACAAUUUACACAUAGAACCAGUGCAUCAUCAUCACCAUAACUUUGGAAAGCAUGAUCACCAUCAUGGAUUCAAUAAUUACCAACAUUUCUCCUCACCAGAUUUCAGCUAUAAGUCCGAUACCUUUUCUCCUCUUCAUGGUUACAGUUACAAUCCAUCGGCUUUCCACCAUGGAUAUGGACACUGGCCAUUCCCACAGUCCAAUAUGUAUGGAUCAUGGAAGAAGCAUAACGGUUUUAGUUUUGACACUCCUAGCUAUGGAAAUGGCCAUAGUUUCAACUUCGAUUCAGAUGCUCAUGGUUUUUCCGGUUUCAACAAAGAUAAAUACGAUGAGAUUAUGGAGAAGAUAAAAAGUUAUAAACAUCAUGAGCCUUUAGAUCACCAAUUUUCUGAAUUCAAAACACAUGGAUCACAUAGUUUUGACAGUGGUGAUAAAGGUUGGAAAUAUGGCUUAGGAAAUUUUUAAGUAAACACCAGACCUGAUAUUCAGGAUUGUGAAAUCAAGGAAUUAAUUUAAUGAAUGUAUAAAAAAUGAAAAAGAUUACAUAUCUGUUACUUCUGUUUGACAACGGCAUGUAAACUUUGAUGUCGGAAAUAUUUCUUCUAUUUAUUUUCUUCUUUGUUUGUAUAUGUCCCAGUUUUCAUUCAUAUCUUUGAUUUUUCAUAAAAGACUGUAUUUCAAUAUUGGGAAGAAUGGGUAUUAGUUUUCAAAUACGU